AGGCGGGCGCGAUGCGCGGGCGACCCGGGCGGCCCAGCGGGCUUCAUCCACCGGACUCGGCGCGGCGGGAAAGCCGGGAAUGAUGGGCGAGGCGGACCCCGCGAGCCCGGCCGCCCGGCCGCCCUAGCCGGGCCGAAGCGCCCCGACCGCGAUGGUCCGGCAGUGACCACGCCAAGUCUCUGAACAAUGGCUGACCCUAGUAACAUCCAGUCAGCAGCUUCUAAGAGCAUCCGUCCAUUCCGCUCCAGUGAGGAAUAUCUCUACGCUAUGAAGGAGGACCUGGCGGAGUGGCUGAACACCCUUUACGAUCUUGAUGUUCAGGUGGAGAACUUCAUGGGUGCCCUGGAGACAGGUUACGACCUCUGCCAACACGCCAACCAUGUCAACCGUAUAGCACUGGAGUUCGAACAGUUGAACCCGGAAGCUGCUUCUCGCAUGAGGAUCCCCCAGAAGGAGGUGAUUUUCCAGUCUAAGAACGUAGUCCCUGGCUCUUUCAUUGCUAGGGAUAACAUCUCCAACUUCAUCCAGUGGUGCCGUCAGGAGCUGGGCAUCCAGGAUGUCCUGAUGUUUGAAACGAACGACUUGGUGUUGAAGAAGAAUGAGAAGAACUUCGUCCUUUGUCUGCUGGAAGUGGCCAGGAAAGGCUCCAAGUUUGGGAUGCUGGCUCCCAUGCUCAUCCAGAUGGAGGAGGAGAUCGAGGAGGAGAUGAGAGACCAGGUUGUCUGUGGCGAGCUGAAGACAGAGCAGGCAAUCCAAGAUUUGGGGCCCAAGGCUCCCAUUUACCUGAACAAAACACAGAGGAUAAGCUUGUGUGACCUCAAGAAUCUGGAUGAACUGGUAAGGGAAAUCCUCGGCGCCUGUACCUGCCCAUCCCAGUUCCCCAUGGUCAAAGUCUCAGAGGGCAAAUACAAGGUUGGAGACUCCAACGUGCUGAUCUUUGUUCGAGUGCUCCGCAGCCACGUGAUGGUCCGGGUAGGGGGCGGCUGGGACACGCUGGAGCAUUACCUGGACAAGCACGACCCGUGCCGGUGCGCCUCUGUCUCCCACCGUCUGGCCCAGACUCGGGGGCUCGGCUUCUCCCCCCAGAAAACGAGUGGUCUGGCCAGCCCCCAGGCAAACAGCCCCACCACUCAGCGUCGGGCUGAAGCUGUGAGUCUGCACAAAGUCUCCGAGCCCCACCAUCCAGGGGAGAGACGGCUCUUGGCUGGAGGGGACCCCAGUCACCCGAAAGGAAACCGCCCUGGCCCUCCCACCAAGAGACCGGGGGAGGCCACCCCACCGAGACAGGGAUCGAUGGCCCCACCAAGCGGAAAAGGCGGUGCCUCGGGUCAGAGCUGCGCCAGCCCUCUGAGGGGGUGCAUGUCCCAAGCCCACCAGGAUGCUGGAGACUCCCGUCUCUUGAACUCAGUCAGGACCCCCAGAGCCCGGCGACUUUCUGGAGACAGUGAUUCCUCCUCCUCGUCCUCCAUGCAGAAUGCCAGCUUGGGAAGGUGGCGGAAUGAGGCUGGGAGGCGGGUCUCCGAGGGGCCAGGCUCCCAGCCCCACGCCAGUCCCAAACGGCAGCCAGCGAGCCGCAGUCAGUCGCGAGACCGUCUGAGCUUGCCGAAAGCUGUUGUGGCGCCCAGGAGGAUCGAGUCGGAAGAACGGGGCCGUCCCCGGAUGACGAGCCGGCCGAGCAAGCCUGGGGAGCAGAGUCCUCGCCCCCGGGCCCGCAGCCAAGGGAGGCCUGGAGGAGAGCCCGUGCUUCUCAUCAGCCGAGCAAAGGACGGGCAGCACUCCUGGGCACGGGCGGUGGAGUCCAAGGAGAACGCUGGGGGCUCUGGGAGAGCCACCCCCAGGACCAAGAGCCCGGCAAGGGGCCACCUGACCCCGGUGGGUUCCAGAAGCCCCGCCCUCGCCAAGCGCAGGGGUUCCCUCCCCGUCCAGAAAACGGCCCACCCCUCUGCCCGAAUCCCUCCGCCAGGCCCUGGGCGACAGCGACCCCCCUGUUUGACCGGACCGCGUGGGACCACAAGGCAGCCCCAGCCAGGGGAGAGCUGGCCGGCCUCCAGACAGCCUGAGGACACCCUGGGGCAGGAGUUGGAGGCGAUGGCGCACGCUUUCCGGACCCCGCUGCGCCUCGACCCAAGCCAGGAGCAGCAGCUCUUCCGGCGUCUGGAAGAAGAAUUCCUGGCCAACUCCCAGAUGAUGGGCUUAGAAGAGGACGAAGGGCUGGAGCCGGGGAGCCAGGCCUGCGAUGGCCCACGGCUUGCGCCCACGAACCCGGACCAAGGGACCGCCGACUCUGCGUACUGCUCCUCCAGCUCGUCCUCCUCCUCCCUCAGCUUCUUCAGCAAGCACGGUCUCCAGCCCGAGACCAAGGAGGAUCCCAAGCGGAAGCUGGCCCCCCAGACUGGGGGCUCUGAGGCAGGGCGCGGGCUGGCGGACCUCCGUAAUGGCUCUGCGGACGCGUCCGAGCUCUGGGACCUAGCUGGGCCCCUUGAGCGAACGAGCCGCAGGAGGAGGCCCAUCCUGUCAAGCUCUUCUGACGAAAGCAACUGCUACAUGGGCCUGAAUGACCUUCAGGAGGUCCAGGAGGGCGUGGAGCUUCCUGAGCCUCUGGUGGACAGCCCAUGGGCCACCGCGGAGCUGGCCCCUUCCAACACAGAGCCAGGACCAUCCUUCCAGGAUGGCCCGGAGACCCUCGGAACGACCCCCACAGCGGAGGACGUCGUGCUCCGGCCCAAGUUGUCCCUGAAGAAGCCCGACCGCGUGCCUUCCAUCUACAAGCUGAAGCUGCGCCCUCAAAGUAAGCCUCGGGCUGAUUCCCAGCCAGACAAGGCGCCCUCCAAAAUCCCCACUCCCCUCAGCUACAAAGCUUCAGGAGCCAACAAGGCUCCGACAGGAAGCGCCCCUUUGAAGGACAGCCCAGCCAAACGCCCGUCGGAGCACCGGGGCUGGGCGGCCUUCCGCAGCGUCUUCUCCUCCUUUGCGGAAUCUCCCGGCGGCUCUGGGGAGCCCAGCAUGGCUGAUGAAGGGGCUUGGGCCUAAGCCCCAGCGGGCAGCCUGGCCCACGCCCCCUUUACCCCCUGCAACCGCUUUGUGCCCCCGCCCUCUCUUUCCAGCUGCUUCCAUGGACAUCUUUCCAGUGUGACUUUGUCAUAUGCUGCUGUUCAAAAGGGAGUUUUAUUUUUUGGUGGUGGUGGGGGGGCCGGGAGAGAAGGCCUCGGGUUGCAAAGGGGGUCCGUCCUUUCAUAUUUUAUUUUGGGAGAGUGAGGCUGGAAGACGGCAGGGCUUAAGUUGCAGUACUGGGUUGUGUGUGUGUGUG